AUGCCUCAAAACGACUUUGUGGAAAGACAUAUAAAAAAGUAUGGAAGGCGUCUGGACCACGAGCUAAGGCAGUAUAAGAAGGACAGAAGAGAAGAGAAAAUGGUUUCAAGAAAGGCCGAGAAGCUGUUUGGGCUGAAGGCUAAGCUGUUUGCCAAGAAGCAGCGUGCUUCAAAGAUCCAGCUAAAGAAGGAUCAGAAGAUGAAGGAAUUCAAGGAGAAAAAGAUGGAGGUUAGUAUUGAGAGCAAUCCACUUCCUCACUUCCUCCUUGACAGGGAAAUGGAAGAAAGGGCCAGGGACAUCAACAACAAGAUCAAGCAGCAGAGGCAGGAAAAGGGAUCGAAGUAUUCUGUUCCAUUACCUAAGAUUCAUCCUCUCCCAGAAAAGGAAGUAUUUGGGGUAGUUUCAAGCGGAAAGCGACGAUCAAAGCACUGGAAGAGAAUGGUUACUAAGCCUUGCUUUGUGGGAAGUGACUUCACAAGAAAACCUCCGAAGUAUGAGAGAUUCAUAAGGCCGAUGGCAAUGAGAUUUAGAACUGCACAUGUAAGCCAUCCUGAACUGAGCUCUACAUUCAAUCUCAAGAUAAUAGGGCUAAAGAAAAAUCCCCAUUCCGAGGUUUAUACAGGGCUUGGAAUAUUGAGCAAGGGGACCAUUAUAGAGGUGGAUGUCAGUCCCCUUGGGCUUGUCAAUGGAGCAGGGAAAAUCAUAUGGGGUAAGUAUGCUCAGAUAACCAACAACCCCGAGAAUGACGGAUGUGUGAAUGCUGUUCUUCUGGUAUAG